AUGGGAGACCAAUUGCAUCUUCCAGCAGUUGCCAACACCUUGCUCCCUGUUGCCCUCUGCAUUUUGACCCUUCUGCCUCACAGCCUUCUGGGCCAGCCCGCGGGGGAGGACAGCGCGGGCAGCUCAGCGCUGCUCCAGCGGGUGAAAAGAGGCUGGGUGUGGAACCAGUUCUUUGUCCUGGAGGAGUACACCGGACUGGAACCACUUUAUAUUGGAAAGCUCCACUCAGACAUGGAUAAAGGCGACGGCUCCAUUAAGUACAUCCUGACGGGCGAGGGUGCGGGCACCACCUUCACCAUCGACGACAGCACGGGGGACAUCCACGCCCUCCAGAGGCUGGACCGGGAGGUGAAGGCCCAGUACGUCCUCCGCGCGCAGGCCCGCAACCGCCUGACGGACAGGCCUCUGGAGCCUGAGUCCGAGUUCAUCGUCAAGAUCCAGGACAUCAACGACAACGAGCCGAAGUUCCUCGAUGGACCGUACCAGGCGACUGUACCCGAAAUGUCCAAGAUAGGCACAUCUGUCAUCCAGCUGACCGCCACGGACGCGGACGACCCCACGUACGGCAACAGUGCUCGUGUGGUCUACAGCAUCCUGGAGGGCCAGCCUUACUUCUCAGUGGACGCCAAGACUGGCGUGGUCCGUGUGUCCCUGGCCGACAUGGACCGGGAGAUCAGAGAAAACUACACUGUGGUCAUCCAGGCUAAGGACAUGGGCGGCCAGCUGGGGGGGCUCGCCGGCACCACCACCGUCAACAUCACGCUCAGCGACGUCAACGACAACCCGCCCAUGUUUGACCAGAGGUUGUACCAGAUGAGCGUCCCAGAGUCAGCUCCAGUGGGUUCAGUGGUGGGUCGUAUCUGGGCGAAGGACAGGGACAUCGGGGUCAACGCUGAGAUGACGUACAGUAUCAUUGAUGGAGAUGGAAGAGACACCUUUGACAUCAGCACGGAUCCCACCGGCCUGUUCGGCAUCAUUACAGUGAAAAAGCCGCUGGACUUUGAGAUCAAGCCCAGUUACACUCUGAAGGUGGAGGGCGCCAACACCCACCCGGACCCGGCCUUCCGCCAGCGCGGGCCCUUCAAGGACGUCACCAUCGUGCACGUGAGCGUGGAGGACGUGGAUGAGCCGCCGCUGUUCGACCUGCCGGCGUACUACAUCGAGCUUCCAGAGGACGCUGAGAUCGGGACGCUGGUGAGGACGUUGUCGGCGAGGGAUCCCGAUGCUGCCAACAACACUGUGAGGUAUUCCAUCGAGAGGUCCAGCGACCCCGAGAAGUACUUCUACAUCGAGAUCACUUCCGGGUCGCUGAUGACGGUGCGUUCGCUGGACCGGGAAGAGAACGGCUGGCACAACAUCACGGUCCUCGCCAUGGAGAUGAAAAAUAAAAAGGAGACGAUGCAAGUGUGUGUGUGGUGUGUCGUGGGCCGUGAGUCCGUGAAUGACAAUCCUCCCUUGCUGACCCACUACCUGGAGGCUUAUGUGUGUGAGAACGCCAAAGCCGGGCAGCUGAUCCAGACGGUGACGGCGGUGGAUCCAGAUGAGCCGCUGGGUGGACAACACUUCUACUACAGCCUGGCUCCAGAGGCCGCGAACAACCCCAACUUCACUCUGAGAGACAACCAAGACAACACAGCGUGGAUCCUGACUCGGCGCGGAGGCUGGUCACAGCAGGGCCAGAACCUAUUCUACUUGCCCAUCUUCAUCUCCGACGGCGAGCAGCCGGUCCAGAGCAGCACCAGCACGCUGACCAUCCGAGUGUGCGGCUGCGACCAGGAGGGCAACGUCAUGUCGUGCAACGCCGAGGCCUACAGUCUGCCCGCCAGCCUCAGCCGAGGAGCCCUCAUCGCCAUCCUGGCCUGUAUCUUCGUCCUGCUGGUGAUGAUUCUGCUCAUGCUUUCCCUGCGGACUCAUCGGAAGAAGCCCUACCUGUGUGACGAGGAGGAGAACGUCCACGAGAACAUUGUGCGCUACGACGACGAAGGCGGCGGCGAGGAGGACACCGAGGCCUUCGACAUCGCCGCGAUGUGGAACCCGCGUGAGGCCCACCACCACCUGGGCAAGAUGAGACAGGACAUGCUUCCGGAGAUCGAAAGCUUAUCGCGUUACGUCCCUCAAGCCUGCGUGAUGGGCGGCGGCGGGGACAGUAACGUCCACGGAUAUGUGCUGGCAAAGCUCCUGGAGGCUGACAUGGACCCGUGCGCCCCACCUUAUGACUCCCUGCAGACCUACGCGUACGAGGGGGAGGGUUCGGUCGCUGAGUCGCUCAGCUCGCUCCAGUCGGGAACCACGAACACCGACCACGAGUACGACUACCUCAACGACUGGGGGCCCCGUUUUAAAAAACUCGCCGAGAUGUACGGCGUGCUUGAGACAAAUAGCCCUCCAAUGUGGUAGAACUCCUGAACCUUCGCCUUUUCAAUCUUUGACAAACUACACCAACAAAAAGAGAAGAAGAGAGACAAAAAAGAGACAUCAGAGAAGUGAGAAAACAGACAAAAAGUGUGUGAGAAAAACACAAUAAAGCCGGAAUGUGCUUACGUCCACAUCCAUGACUGUUAGCACUUGAAUUCCUGCCGAAGCCUCGAUUCUUCACAGCCUUGGAGGCCUGCGAUGCCUGCAGCAGUAGCAGCAGUGUGAGCUGGUUUUAAAUCUCCCCCAGGGAUGGGGCUUCAGAGACAGACUUGGAUUGGCAGCCUCACGGGGCCCGCAAAGGAACGGCUUCAAAGCACAUGUUAAAUCCCCCGCCUGACCCAGCCACGGGCAGAGCCCCUUUGGUUCAAAGUGUUGAGCGAUUUAUGCCCGAGAUGAAAACGGAGGGGAGCGGGACAAGCUGACUCGCAGCAGCACAGGAGACAAACUCUGAAAUCCUUAUCCACUCUUCUGAGCUUGUGCUUUUAUGGAUGUUUCAGACCACAACACUGACGGACAAAAAGAAAGUGAGGCGUCGUCGCUGCAAUCGGAGGCGUGUCCUUUUCUCGUUUCAUCGGUGGCACGUCUUAAUUUAUCUCUUUGUUUCAUGUGCUGUAUUUAUAUUUUUUGCUAACUUAUUUGGGUACUUUAAACCGACACUGUACUUAAGCUGCCGCCGUGCGCGGAAAUCUUUAAAAAAAAAAAAAGAUCACGUUUGUUGUAACAUACAUGCUGUAACUGCCCCUUGUUUUCAGUCUAUGUGAGAAAAAAAAAAAAAAACGUUUGCGACGCCUCUCCAAAUGUCACACGCCAUGCACAGGAGAUGGUGAUGCUGUAAUGCCUUGUGGGUUUCCCAGGUCGAAAUGUUUAUUGUAUUAUUGUUUUUGUAUCAUUUUUGAGCUCGUUGUAUUGUGACUCUGUUUCU